AUGGUCUUUAAGGAAAAUGUGAAAGUAAAGCCAGAGAACUAUAUUCAAAACAGUCGUAAACACAAGGAGAACCUAAAGUCAGUAUUGGGAGCUGAGAUGCAGACCCUAAAAGGUCAGAAUUUCAAACAAAUGUGGAUGAUGUUAUCGAAUUUAAAUAUUAAAAUGUGGUCAAUGCACAAACUGGCCCAGUUGGAAAGACUUGACCUAGGCAAUAAUGAAUUCAGUGAGCUGCCUGAAGUUCUGGAUCAAAUACAAAAUUUAAGGGAGUUGUGGAUGGAUAAUAAUGCAUUGCAAGUGCUACCAGGGUCUAUAGGGAAGUUAAAGAUGUUGGUAUACCUGGAUAUGUCAAAAAAUAGAAUAGAAACGGUUGACAUGGAAAUUUCUGGAUGUGAAGCUCUUGAAGACCUCUUACUAUCAUCCAAUAUGUUGCAACAGUUGCCUGACUCUAUAGGUCUUUUGAAAAAACUAACUACUCUAAAAGUAGAUGACAAUCAACUUACAAUGCUACCCAAUACAAUUGGAAAUUUAUCUUUAUUAGAAGAAUUUGACUGUAGCUGUAAUGAAUUGGAGUGUCUACCUUCUACUAUUGGCUACCUUCAUAGUCUUCGAACGUUAGCAGUCGAUGAGAAUUUUCUUCCAGAAUUACCCAGAGAAAUUGGAAGCUGUAAGAAUGUAACAGUUAUGUCUCUACGUUCUAAUAAACUGGAAUUUCUUCCUGAAGAGAUUGGACAGAUGCAGAAAUUAAGAGUCUUAAAUUUGAGUGACAACAGGUUGAAGAAUUUACCAUUCUCAUUUACCAAACUUAAAGAACUUGCAGCUUUGUGGCUUUCUGACAAUCAGUCAAAAGCCCUUAUCCCUUUACAAACUGAAGCCCAUCCAGAAACAAAGCAAAGAGUAUUGACUAACUACAUGUUUCCCCAGCAACCUCGUGGUGAUGAAGAUUUCCAGUCAGACAGUGACAGCUUUAACCCAACACUGUGGGAAGAGCAGAGACAACAACGCAUGACUGUUGCCUUUGAAUUUGAAGAAAAAAAAGAAGAUGACGAAAACACUGGGAAAGUUAAGGUUGAAAUAAACCUAAAACGAUAUCCAACUCCUUACCCAGAGGAUUUAAAGAAUAUGGUAAAAUCUGUUCAAAAUCUGGUGGGUAAGCCAAGCCAUGGAGUGCGUGUUGAGAAUUCAAACCCAACUGCUAACACGGAGCAAACUGUGAAAGAAAAAUAUGAACACAAGUGGCCUGUAGCCCCAAAGGAGAUUACAGUGGAGGAUUCUUUUGUUCAUCCAGCUAAUGAAAUGAGGAUUGGGGAACUUCACCCUUCAUUAGCUGAGACCCCUCUGUACCCACCCAAACUUGUUCUGCUAGGGAAGGACAAAAAAGAAUCAACUGAUGAGUCUGAAGUUGACAAAACUCACUGUCUGAAUAACAGUGUUUCCUCAGGCACUUACUCAGACUACUCGCCUUCCCAGGCUUCCUCAGGAUCCUCUAACACCCGGGUUAAAGUGGGGUCCUUGCAGACAACAGCUAAAGAUGCAGUACAUAAUUCUUUGUGGGGUAACAGGAUUGCACCAUCUUUCCCACAGCCUCUUGAUUCAAAGCCAUUACUCAGCCAGCGGGAGGCUGUUCCCCCAGGGAAUCUACCACAGCGUCCUGACCGGCUGCCAAUGAGUGAUGCCUUCACUGACAACUGGACUGAUGGUUCACAUUACGAUAACACAGGGUUUGUUGCAGAGGAGACCACAGGCGAGAAUGCCAACAACAAUCCUCUCUUAAGUUCGAAAUCUAGAAGCACAUCUUCUCAUGGUCGCAGGCCUUUGAUUAGGCAGGAUAGGAUUGUUGGUGUUCCCCUGGAACUUGAGCAGUCUACACACAGACACACACCAGAAACAGAAGUGCCUCCUUCCAAUCCUUGGCAGAAUUGGACCAGAACCCCUAGUCCUUUUGAAGACAGGACCGCUUUCCCUUCCAAAUUAGAGACAACCCCCACCACCAGUCCAUUGCCUGAAAGGAAAGAACAUAUAAAAGAAUCUGUUGAGAUACCUAGUCCUUUUUCUCCAGGAGUACCGUGGGAGUAUCACGAUUCUAAUCCCAACAGGAGUCUUAGCAAUGUCUUUUCUCAAAUCCACUGCCGCCCAGAAUCUUCUAAAGGUAUUAUUUCCAUUAGCAAAAGCACAGAGAGGCUUUCCCCACUAAUGAAAGAUAUCAAGUCCAAUAAAUUCAAAAAGUCACAGAGUAUCGAUGAGAUUGACAUUGGGACGUACAAGGUUUAUAAUAUACCAUUAGAAAACUAUGCUACUGGGAGUGAUCACUUAGGAAGCCAUGAACGACCAGAUAAAAUGUUGGGACCAGAGCAUGGUAUGGCCAGUAUGUCUCGAAGCCAGUCAGUCCCAAUGCUGGAUGAUGAGAUGCUCACUUAUGGAAGCAGUAAAGGGCCACAACAACAGAAGGCUUCCAUGACAAAAAAAGUCUAUCAGUUUGACCAAAGCUUCAACCCCCAAGGAGCAGUGGAAGUUAAAGCCGAAAAGAGGAUACCGCCCCCCUUUCAACACAAUUCUGAGUACGUGCAACAGCCCAGCAAAAACCUCGCCAAGGAUUUGGUUAGUCCUAGAGCUUACAGAGGAUACCCACCAAUGGAGCAAAUGUUCUCAUUUUCUCAGCCAUCUGUUAAUGAGGAUGCUGUGGUGAAUGCCCAGUUUGCAAGCCAAGGUGCCAGGGCAGGCUUCUUGAGAAGAGCCGACUCUCUGGCAAGCUCCACAGAAAUGGCCAUGUUUAGAAGGGUCAGUGAACCUCAUGAGCUGCCUCCGAGUGAUAGGUACGGCAGACCUCCAUAUAGGGGAGGUCUGGAUCGCCAAAGCAGCGUUUCAGUGACUGAGUCCCAGUUCCUGAAAAGGAAUGGCAGGUAUGAAGAUGAACACCCUUCAUAUCAAGAAGUGAAAGCUCAGGCGGGAAGUUUUCCAGUUAAAAACCUUACCCAGAGGAGGCCACUGUCUGCAAGAAGCUACAGUACAGAGAGUUACGGUGCCUCCCAAACCAGGCCAGUUUCAGCUAGGCCUACUAUGGCAGCUCUUUUGGAAAAAAUACCAUCUGACUAUAACUUGGGUAACUAUGGUGACAAGCCAUCAGAUAACAGUGAUAUAAAGACGAGGCCUACUCCUGUGAAGGGAGAGGAGAGCUGUGGUAAAAUGCCUGCAGACUGGAGACAACAGCUGCUUAGACAUAUAGAAGCUAGAAGGUUAGACAGGAAUGCUGCUUACAAACACAACACAGUUAACCUUGGCAUGCUGCCCUAUGGAGGUAUUUCAGCAAUGCAUGCAGGCAGAAGCAUGACUUUAAACUUGCAGACUAAGUCUAAAUUUGAUCUACAAGAACUACCUCUUCAGAAAACCCCGUCCCAGCAAAGCAACAUUUUAGACAAUGGACAAGAAGAUGUAUCUCCUAGUGGCCAAUGGAAUCCUUAUCCUCUUGGGAGGCGGGAUGUACCUCCGGACACCAUUACUAAAAAGGCAGGCAGCCACAUCCAGACUUUGAUGGGGUCCCAAAGCCUUCAGCAUCGGAGCCGGGAGCAGCAGCCAUAUGAGGGAAAUAUAAACAAAGUGACCAUCCAGCAAUUUCAGUCACCAUUGCCUAUUCAGAUCCCCUCUUCACAAGCCACCCGGGGACCUCAGCCUGGACGGUGCUUAAUUCAAACUAAAGGGCAAAGGAGUAUGGAUGGAUAUCCAGAGCAGUUUUGUGUGAGAAUAGAAAAGAAUCCUGGCCUUGGAUUUAGUAUCAGUGGUGGAAUUAGCGGACAAGGAAAUCCAUUUAAACCUUCUGACAAGGGUAUCUUUGUUACUAGGGUUCAGCCUGAUGGACCAGCAUCCAACCUGCUGCAGCCUGGUGAUAAGAUCCUUCAGGCAAAUGGACAUAGUUUUGUACAUAUGGAACAUGAAAAAGCUGUAUUACUACUGAAGAGUUUCCAGAACACAGUAGACCUAGUUAUUCAACGUGAGCUUACUGUCUAAAUAUUUUUUAUAAAUAGUGAAGAUACGUCUAGCCAGACCUAAUGUUCAAAAAAUAAAUUUAUACAUAGAAACAAAUUUUGCCAAUUGCUGGACCAAUGGCAAACAUUAGUGCCAAAUGUAUAAUAUACUACAUGUUAGCACUGAUCAUCCUUAAAAAUGUUAACUAUAUAAAUAUGAUGUUCAUGUGGUUAUGGAUUAGUUUUAAUUGUCAGCCUCCGGCUGUGCAUUGGUGCAGUUUUGGUUUUGUUUUCGUUUUGUUUUUUUAAUCAAAUAAGUUUCUUCUCGAAGUGGAUUUCAUAUAAUUUCAGAGCACGGAAGCACAUACAAGCUCUUUACGAAUUCUGCUCUCCAUCAGAAACACUGCCUCAAAGUUGUAUAUGCCUUUAUAUAGAAUAUACAAAUAUAAAGAAUUGUAAUUCCCAUAAAAUAUUUCUAGCACAGGUACAUGUUGGCAUAUAUACAAAAAGAAUAUAGAGAAAAACAAUAUUUUCAUAAACUAAACAUCUCGGAUUGAGAAAGAAACUAUAUCUUAAAAUAAGACUUUACUAUAUUGAAUCUUUUUCAAUAAAAAUUACAUGAUAAUGCCUUAUGAAAGUAACUGUACAUACGGUAUAAAGUGUUUAUAUUUGGUUCCAUAUUCAUUUGCUAAAUUCUCAUAACACAGAGUGAAAUAUUUCAUAAAUUAGCCAUUUAUCUCUGGGACCUGAAUAAAAAUAGGACAAACUAAUUUGUUCAAUGCCUUUAGCUAAUUACAAUACACACAGAGUUAAGAUAUAGACUAAAGGUCAUUAUAGAUAAAUCUUUUUCACCACAAAUUUAAGCAGUGAAUGAUGGGUGGCAGGAAAGAGAUUGCUUUAUUUCUUUCAAGUUUAUGUUGAUUAUAAACUGUAGCCCCUGUGAUUUCUUUACUUGUAAAUGUGGCAUUUAUCUGUGUGUUGCUUUAUCUAAUUUGCUACUUUUAAAUCAUUUAAAAUGAGUUUUGGAGAUUGAUAAAAUUUAUCAUUAAGAAAGACUUGUUAGAAAGUUAUGGUGAAUGAUUAAAAAACUUUAGUAUUUAAAUAUGAAACUUCAAAUAUAAUUUCUCAGAGCUGCGGUCUACUUGUAUUAUUAAUUUCAGUGCCUGUUUUUGUGGGCAAAAAUAGAGAAAAUACUUUUUUUCCAAAAAAGUUUCAAAGUAUAUAAAAUCCUGAGUCUGUCUUACUGGACAAGCAUAGUUAAUAUAGAAUUAGUUAUUUUUUACAUUAGAAUCGUUUUCCUCUAUAAAUGACCAAAAUUCAUUUUAUAAUUCUUUAGAAUAUUUCUUUUAUAUAUUAGUCAUUAAUUUGAUUAAAAUGUUAAUUUGAAAUUCCAGAAUAAUUUCCCAGAGUUGAUUGUAUGCAUGUUCCCUCUCAUAUUUCCACAUUAUAUAUAUGUUAUAUAUAUAAUGAAUUUAGUUUAUAUGCUAGCGUUUCAAGUAUUCUAUUAGGAUUUUCACAAUAGUAUCACAUAUUGAUGUCACCAAAGCUCUGAGAGUAAUAUUUGUAAGUUAACUGUUUUAUGGGGACAUUGAAAAUACUGUAUUUUUGUAGGGUCUAUUAAAAUGAGUGUCACUUAUUAGAAGUACAGUGGUAUUUUUUGGCAAUAGAAUUUGUCACUUGAAGGCAAAUGAUACUUCACUUUAUAGAUGAUGCACUAAUUUUGAUGUUGCUUUAUGUCAGGGUGACAUUAUACCAUGAUUUUAUAGGGUUUGACAUUUAGCAAAUAAUUAAAUGAUUGGCCUAUUUAAUAUGUUUCCCAGAAGUAACUUUUAAAUGCAUUUUAAUAUAUUGACAGUUUCUGAUGAGAAAUGUCUUUCAGAGCCUAAUUUUCUUUGUCAAAAACUUACACCAAACCAUGGUAUCACUGUUUCCAGCUCCUAUUAUAGGAUGAUCAUCAUUAAUCAAGAUAGAAGCCCCCCCACUGGCCUCACAAGAUCACUUAAAGGAAAAACAAACUCAUGGGUGUAGUUUGGUGGCAAUGAAGCAUCUCAAAUCAUCCCAUCAGUUUUGUUUAAUCUUUAAUGGGAGAGGUGGGAGAAGAGCCAGAUGGAGGACUUCCCAAGUCUCUUUGCUUAUGUCAGGUUUCCACAUCAAACCCAGGGUUUCAGGAGAUGCUUCUGAAGCACAAAGCUGAGAGGAUGAUAGUAAACACCUCUGCCACUCCUGAUGUGACAGCAUUGUCCCAGGCCAGAGCUUUCAUCCUUCCUGUUUGACAGGAAGUGAGGAAAAGUGAAAAAGGAUCCCUGACCACAAAUGGGAAAGAAAUCUGAUGUGCCAAAGCACCUCACUGUCAAUUGUACUGCCAUGCUGCAUACUGAGAAAAGGCAGGUAAUAAUGAAAAAAGCAUCUUGUUUUGUAGAUUGAAUA